AUGGCAGCUCCUCAACAUCAACAAGUCCCUAUGCCUGAUUUAUCCAACGCAAUUGUAGCACAGGAUGAGAUGGGCAGACCAUUUAUUAUUGUCAGAGACCAAUCAAAUAAAAGAAGACAACAUGGACUAGAGGCUAAAAAAUCCCAUAUUUUUGCAGCAAGAGCUGUCUGUGACAUUAUUAAAUCAUCUUUAGGACCAAGAGGUUUAGAUAAAAUUUUAAUUAGCCCAGAUGGCGACAUCACGAUCACAAACGAUGGCGCUACCAUUCUAUCCCAGAUGGAGUUGGACAAUGAAAUUGCUAAAUUAUUAGUUGAAUUAUCCAAGUCGCAAGAUGAUGAGAUUGGUGAUGGUACUACUGGUGUAGUUGUUUUAGCUUCAUCUCUAUUGGACCAAGCUCUGGAAUUAAUUGAAAAAGGUAUUCAUCCAAUUAAAAUUGCCAAUGGUUUCGAUGAGGCUUGUAAAAUUGCUGUUAAACAUCUAGAUACUAUUGGUCAGGACUUAUUCAAUGUCGAUAGAAAAAAUUUUAUUGACAUGUUAUAUAAAGUGGCUUCCACUUCUCUAAAUUCUAAAAUUGUCUCCAAGGAGCACCACAAGUUUGCAUCUAUGGCUGUUGACGCCAUUGUUUCUGUUGUUGAUUGGGAACGUAAGGAUGUAGAUUUUGAACUGAUUAAGUUGGAAGGUAGAGUUGGUGGUUCGCUAAAAGAUAGCAAACUAAUCAAUGGUGUUUUAUUAGAUAAAGAUUUUUCACAUCCUCAAAUGCCAAAGAAGAUUGUUCCUAAAGAGGGGCAAGAUUCUGUCAAAUUAGCUAUAUUAACUUGCCCGUUUGAACCGCCAAAACCUAAGACUAAACACAAGUUAGAUAUUUCUACUGUUCAGGAAUAUGAGAAAUUACAAAACUACGAGCAAGAUAAAUUUAAAGAGAUGAUCACUUUUGUUAAAGACUCGGGAGCAGAUGUAGUAAUAUGUCAGUGGGGGUUCGAUGAUGAGGCUAACCAUUUAUUGUUACAGAAUGAACUACCUGCUGUUAGAUGGGUUGGUGGUCAGGAGUUAGAAUUAAUUGCUAUCGCCACCAAUGGUCGUAUAGUUCCACGUUUCCAAGAUUUGUCGGCUGAAAAAUUGGGCAAAUGUUCUUCUGUUUCUGAAUUGGAAUUUGGUACCACAAAAGAUCGUAUGUUAGUAAUUGAAAACGAACAUAAGAAAAACAAGGAUGAUAAAUACACAAAUAUGGUCACCUGUUUCAUUAGAGGUUCCAACAAGAUGAUUGUGGACGAGGCUAAAAGAGCUUUACACGAUUCCUUAUGCGCAGUUCGUAAUUUAUGCAAGGACUCAAGGAUUGUUUAUGGUGGUGGUGCUGCGGAAGUUUCUAUGUCAUUGGCCGUUUCAGAAGAAGCUGACAAACAAAGAGGCAUUGAUCAGUAUGCUUUCCGUGGAUUUGCUAAGGCUUUGGACUCUAUUCCAAUGACUUUAGCUGAAAACAGUGGUUUAGAUCCAAUAGAAGUUUUAUCUAGCAUUAAAAGUGCGCAAGCAAGAGAAAAUAUUUCUAAUCUCGGUGUUGACUGCCUAGGUAAUAAUACCAAUGAUAUGGAAGAGUUGUUUGUGGUCGAUCCAUUGGUUGGCAAAAAACAACAAAUAUUGUUGGCCACACAACUAUGUAGAAUGAUCUUGAAAAUAGAUAAUGUAAUUAUAAGCGGUAAAGACAACUAUUAA